GACGAAAAGGUGUUCAUUUGUCAACAUGUCUGGAGCAGGCAAAGUUUUCCGCGCUCCCGAUCUACCGUGGCUUUAUUUGUAACACGGCGAGGAAAUUAAGGGCACGAGUGUUCGUCACACAUACUGUUUUCAUCGAGGAAUACUUUAGAUGGGUCAGCAAAGUAAGUUUUGAAGGACGCAAAAAUGGACGAAAUCGGAAGAAUUUGACUCGAGAAAUUUUGAUCAUGGGUAAAGAUCAAGACCUUCUGCAGGCUGUGAAAGAGCAAGACUCUCACGCCGUUGUGAAAAUUCUGGGCAAGGCCGGCAAGACAGGAAAGAAAUUAAUUGGGUCUACCAAAAAGCUGAAUAUUAACUACCAGGAUGGAGAUGGGAUGUCGAGCUUGCACCAAGCUGCCCUCAUGGGUAACACUGGGAUUAUGCGAACCCUCUUGGAAGCUGGCGCUCAAGUUGGGGUCAAGGACAACAAAGGGAUGACCCCCUUGCACUAUGCAGCCUGGCAGGGUCUGAUGGACCCUGUGAGGAUACUACUGUACUGGAUGGCCCCUGUUAAUGAACAAGCCUUCAAUGGGGACCUUCCUCUUCACCUUGCCUGCCAACAUGGACAUGUGGAUGUGGUGAAUGCCCUGCUAAGCCAGCAUGCAAGUCCCACGUCCAGAAAUAAAGAAUACAAAACACCGUUGGACCUGGCCUGUGAAUUUGGCAGAUAUGGGGUUGUUGAAAUUCUGCUGAACUGCAAUGUUUGUCAGAUUCUACUAGAAGACAGCCCCGAAGACAUGAAAGACAACUUCCGCACCACCUGCAUUCAUUCUGCCGCCAAAAACGGACACACUGAAGUGAUAAAACUGCUGCUCCAGGCAGGUGUGAGCAUCAACAGGACCACUCUCCAGGGCACGCCCCUUCACGAAGCUGCCAAAUAUGGAAAACUGGAGGCCGUCAAACUCCUUCUUGACUGUGGGGCAGAUGUCAACAAGGCCAACUCCUAUGACCAAACUGCCCUGGAUCUUGUCAACAAAUUCACCACCAGCAAAGCUGCCAAGGACCUGAAAAAGUUGCUCAAAGAGGCCAGUUUUGCUGUAUACGCCCGAGCUGUUAAGGACAACUUCAACAUCGACACUGAGUGCCUUAGUUUUAAGGAAGGGGACUAUAUAUCGGUUCUGGAGCAGAACCCUAAUGGAGUGUGGAAAGGCUAUGUGGUGAAGGACGGUUACAUGGCCAGGCCAGGCUUCUUCCCUGCAGACAAAGUGGUUCUGGUCGAACCCUCAGACCCUGAUCAUGGAGGUGUCCAACUUGUUCAUUCUUCUAAUCAUCCACAGUAUUUUCAUGAUGGUGUGUUGCUGAACCAUGGUGAUGACCGUCGCUGCUGGGACAGUAGUGAGGAGAUGCGGUCAGCGGGACUGUCCAAGGAGAGCCUUCUGGCCAGCAAUAGGAACAGCUCAGCCAGCUGUGACAGUGGACGUGGGGUCAGCACUGGACAACUGGACUCCAGGAUUGCGGCCAGUUCUGCCAUUCACCUGAACAGCCACCGCCUGUCCAGUCAAAGUUACGAAUCAGGAGUUUCUUCAAGAAGAAGUUGCCAUAGCAACUCGAGUUCCAGUUUGGGAAGCUUAGACAAGUUGGAAGAGAGUGGUUUCUCCAGCCAAGUGAACGUAGCAGAACUAUUCCAGGCUGGCCUGACUGAUUCUGAGGUUUUGCUGACCUGGUUGUCAGACUUACAGUUUGAGGAAUAUUUGCACAAUUUUCUUCAAGCCGGCUACGACAUGCCAACUAUUUCUCGCAUGACCCCUGAGGACCUGACUGCUAUUGGAAUCACAAAGCCGGCCCACAGAAAACGGUUAAAAGCAGAGAUAGCCAGGCUGAGUAUCUGCGAUGGGAUUCCCGAUUACAAACCAUCUGACCUGCUGGACUGGCUGCGGAUGCUCAAGCUGGACUGUUACUAUGAGACGCUGAUGAGGCAGGGCUUUGAUAACAUUGACUUUGUCACAGAUAUUACAUGGGAGGACCUGGAGGAAAUUGGUAUACAGCAGUUAGGUCAUCAGAAGAAAAUAAUGCUAGCCAUAGACAGAUUAAAACGGAUAACGAGCAGUGGGAAGCGUCUAUCUAAAGCUGACUGUCAAAGAUCCUCAGACAGCUUGGACUCACCGGGGUCUGUGUUGUCAGUAGAAAUGGUUCCCACCCCUCAGUAUAGCCAGGAGGUGUCCUUUGCCAGGAUUAACCCAAAGAAGUCCCCAUCAGGAGAUAGCCUGAACAGGAAUAGUUCUGGUCCAGAGAUGACCACCUUUCAGCAGCCGAGAGACACGGGGUUAGGCUCGUCCGUGUCCAGUCUGAACAGUUCUGAGUACGCCUGUGUGUUCCCUGUGGUGCCGAGUGGACAGUACCAUUCUAACCCAGAAUCCACAGAGUCCAGUUCUGACCGAUCCAAGUCAGGAUCCAACACUCCUAAAGGAGUAGAGGAACCGUCUGUAGAAGGACACGCCGGAUACGUUAUUAAUAAUGUAGACAAUCUUGAUUUCUCCCCAAAAGUGCCUCAGUCCCAUCCCCCUGCUGUGGCCCCCAAGCCCAAACCUGUGGCUAAGAUUAUUGGGAAGGCAUCCAGUGUGGGCUAUGAGGCCAGUCAUGAUUCUGGUCAAGGGGGAAGUGAUGGAUCGGGGCAAACUACUCCGACGAACACGUUGAGGAAGAACUGUACGUUGAGGAGAGUGAACUCCCCUAAACUUCGUCAAGAGCAUACCUACGCUGAACCAGUCAAAUCUAUGAUACAAGCCCCUGCUAGUGCUCCAGUUUUCUCACAGUUCAGUGUGUCCAAACCAUUUACAACAACAACAUCGCCGUAUGGAACUCUGGCUACAGGACACUAUGGUAAGACAACGACAGCACCACCUUACAGCAGCCCAGGGCCUGUGCAUGCGCCCUACAAUUUGCCAGCCACGUCUUAUUCUGCUGGAUCACCAGUACCAAAUGUUAUGACAGUGUCUGCACCAAACAGUUCGAUGGCAUCUCAUGCAAGUGCUGGAAAAAUCCUGAAGAAAGCUCCUCCACCACCUCCUAAGAGAUCCAACUCGAUGACUGAGUCAACAAGGACAGAUAGGAAUGGUUUUGAGGAUUCUGUUGACUCAAAAUCACCAUCUAUCGGAGCUCAGCAACAGGACUCUUUUGCAAGUUGUGUGAAAAAUCUUUCAGCAAGGUUUGGGAAAAUGCGAGAAGAGAAACACGCAGACAGUACUUCGGACACUGCCAGUAUUUCUGACAGCGAGGAAUUUCCCCCACCACCGCCUCCUAUUGCCAUGGAGAUAAUCACGCCUAAAAUCCACAGCUAUGGCAUUCUAGGGAAAUCUGUUAAAGGCACAUUACCGAGGGAGAGCCCUGAAAGGACUGGUGGUUACUUACAAAAACAUAUUUCUACAAAUUCUAGUAAUUCUUACGGGGACUGGUCCUCAUCUGUGAAUACCUUGCCCCACAAUAGGAGCGCCGACCUCGAAAGGGUCCGAACUGAAAGUGAAAGUGCUACCUUAAUGAGGCCCAACAAGGCAGGGCUGCCUAGAGACUGUAAUGGGGGUCAUGAUCUCAAUGCUUCCAGUGUUAGCAUAGACUCCAAUACUCUACCUUUCGCCAACGAGAAUGUAGGCACUAUAAAACAGAAGGUGCCAACGGGCAAACCAUCCAUUGUCCAGGCUGGUGAGGGUUAUGAGGAUGGGGAGAGAAAUGUCAGCCUGAACUCUAACCUGUUUGAGGAGAGGUCAGCUAUGGGCCAGAGAUCUGAUGGAUCUUCUUUACACCGGAAACAAGCCGCGUCUUCCCCCAGAGACCUGAGGAAAGUCCAACCUCCUCCACCAGUAGCCAAGAAGCCUGCCGUAAAUAAAGCAUCAGUACCAGUGCCGUCACAGCCUAUCCCAAACAGCCUACACCCAGACCCUGAAUCGAAGCAGAAGCGAUCGACAGAGACGGGUGAUGUGCUCAAUGAUAUAGACAACAUGCUGGCUGACCUGACAGAGGAAUUAGACGCCAUGUUAGACCUGGAGCUGGUUGAGUGAGAGGCAGCACCAGACUUGAUCCAAUUACAGCAUGUUCCAAAAAUUGCUGCACACUCUUCACCUUCUAUUGGUUUCUUGCUGAAAAGAAAUUUUUUUGAAAUACUUUUCCCCCUCUUCAUUUACAGUCAGCAAUCAUUCUGUUUUUGAUACCAUCUGUAACAUAUUUUAAGAUGUCUGGCGAGUUAUUUUUGUGGAACAGUAUCUAUUUGAAGUGUGUAUUUAUCGCUAUUUUUUUUUCUCCUGUCGGCUAUUAUGGCCUCCAAGACAGUUCAUCAACAGUCCCUGUGUACAUUUCACACCUUCUUCUCAGAGACUUUUCUUAAAAAUCCAACAUCUGUGAAAUAUUGCACUUGAUGAAUAUUGCAUAUUUUUGUUUUUUUUUCAAGUUACUGCCAUAGAGAAUAUCCGGAAAGUGAUGUUCUCACUGACACACUGAGGUAGAUGUUUUCUCUGUAGUACAGACAUACAUGUUUUAGUAGUUUACAAGGACUAUUUCAUAGAUAUGGGUUAUCUAGGUGUAAAGAAGUAAGAAUAAGAUAAUUUUGAAAAGGCACCACAUAAUACCUUAUGAUUUCUGCUGUGAAGUUGCUUCACUAAGCACAUGUUUGUUUGGUGUUUUAAAUGCAGUGACACUAUACCGUUUUUCUUUCUUUGCUUUUUCUAAUUUUUUUUCUGUAAAGUAUUAGUAUACGUCACGGGAAGAUUUUUUUUUAUCAGAGUGGAUUGAUUAUACAGACAUAUUGACUUGUUUAACCUGGACUACUCACUUAUUCUUUGCUGACCCAAGAAUUCAAUAGAAUAUUUUCAUGGAACAGAUUUAAUUUGGAUCAUGUGUCCCUUUUGUUUUUUUUUGUCAUGGUAAUGGGGUAUGAUAAUAGUUAUCAUGAUCUUUGUAAAUAUUUUUGAGGAGAUGAAUUUCAAAUGUUUACAAUCAUUUUCUGUCACCAGUAUUUCUUGGAGGUUUCAUGUCAGUUAUACUUUCAGUGCUGUUAGUUUGCCUGUAAGAGAGGCCUUCAUGCAGGUGUUUUUGUAUGCUGGUUGAAAUAUUUAAUGCAGACAUCAAGACCUUGAAAUGAUAGAUUCAUGGAGAGCACUUCCUGUCCCAUGAACUUUGUGAGUUGUUGAUUUAUACAUGUAGAUGGGAAGUCAGUAGUAUUUCUACAUUAACUGUAUAUUUGUGGAAAUGAACUGGUGUGAUCAUGUUAUUGAUACUUGCUUAUCAAAUGCCUUUGCUGAAUACGUAACUCUGAGAAUGCUGGUUCAUAUGUAAAAUGCUUGGUUAUGUACAUGGAAAUGUAACAGUAUGUUACGUUCACAUAAAAUGCUGGGUAGCUGUGAAAUGUAGAGUAGCCCAAACUGUCGACUUCUAAUGACAAGCUAGUGUACCAAAGUCAAGUUGCAACGGUAAAUGCAAAUAACUGAAAACUUUUCAAUGGCAAAAAGCUUCGGCCUGUGUGAAUGCAAAUAUAAGACAGUGCAGAUUGCAGGAAAAAAAGGCUUGUGUAAACUGAUAUGAUUAUUUUUGUGAUUACAUUUGAUCUGUGACAAGAUUGUUACUGUAUUGUGGUUACUUUUAAUUGUUUUCCUUCCUAUGCAAUUAUGAAACAAACUGUUCAAUUAAUAACUGGUUGAAACUUUUUUGCUGAAAGUUGUCUGCUGUAAGACAUGCAUUUCAUUACAAAUGUUAGCAAUAAUUCUACUUUGAAAGACUGGCAUUGUUCCCUUAGCCAAUGGGCAUUUUUUUUGCCAAAUAAGCUGGUGCCAAGCUAAGUGAAACCUUACUGUAUAUUGUGGUAAUUUGUACAAAAUAUGGACUAUGUUACAGAAAAGAACUUAAAAGGCAAGAGUCUGAAGUUGAGUUUAAUGUUCCCGCUAUCAAAGGUUUCGCACAUGUGUCUGGGCCCAUUUUCACAAAAUUCUGUCAACUAAUUUUUCAUAAAUGACGUCGCCUUAUGGCAGGUAACUUAGACAACAUCUUUUAAAGACAAUAGUUAAGAGAAAUAUGACUUAUGAAGUUUUGUGAAAGUGGCCCCUGAGCCAUAA